AUGGCCGUCCAAGCCAUCUUCUACAAUGCUCAACUCGAGCUCUUCGUCCUUUCGCAGGUUCGGUUUUCGCUGAGACGAUCCGGCCUCCUCCGGCGCAACAAAGCUCUGUGGACUCUCCCAGGAUCUGUGUACCGGAACGCGGGCAUCAUCACCACUGACUGUUGCGCCCUUUUUAUUGUCUUGAUGCUUGCCAUCAUAGAGGUGCGGCAGUUGCGCGAGGCGGCCAGACAAUCGCUACAGCUGAGAUCCCACAUUCUCAAUCCAUUCAGGUUUGCAUCCAUCGGCAUUUUCCUUGGCUUCGUUUCCUUUGGUGCCUUUUACAUCUACCUCAACGUGGAGACUGACUCCUUGAGCUCUGAUCUUGCAGGUCUGGAGCCGGUCCAGAACUACACCGCAGGCGGAAUGCUGAAGGCCGCCGUUCUGUCUGAGAUGUUCAGAGUAUCGCAGUGGAUGGGCCUCGGCCAGGGAGCCCUUGGCUUGGUUCCUCUUUGCGCACGGCUCAGAACUGAAAAUGGCUUGAAGGCCUUCUUCGUUGUCUUUGCCAAUUUUGCGAUGGGAGCAGCCCAGCUGACCCAGCUUUCCUAUUGCAGGGCUUCGCUAGACGCUUGCUCUGAGGUUCUCAUGGGUGACGUGGACUUCAUGGGCAUGUUCGCAAUAGCACCCGUGAGCGUCGCUCAGAUGGGUUAUGGCAAGCAUGCGACCACCGAGGCGACCAUGUGGUUCCUUCUUUUCAUGGCUGCUCGGCUUGGCAGUGAUGAGUUGGUCGUCAUCAUCCUUGUCUUGGUGAACCUCUUCAUUGCUAUCAUCAACGAAGCCUACAUUCAGGUCAAUGAGGCCUUUUGGUUGCAUCCGAUCACGAAGGUGAUCAAGGUGCCGGACAGUACAUUCUGGCCUCAGGAAGGAUCACCUGCUUGGGAUGUCAGCGAGGGGCCGAAGAGCCUCACAGUUGCCAACGCGGUGCUUGGCUUCGACCCAUUUGACAUGCCUCACAUGCACCGCGAGUCUUCUUCUGGUGCAGCGGACCAUAUGCGUUUGUGA